AUGUCCGAAAAAGAGCUCUCUGCCAGCGUGGCUGACAUAAACAUUCAGGAAGUGGAAGCACCUCCUGCCUCUACCGCCGAACAAAAUGUCACGCCUUGGGAGGUCGAGGGUGCCGUUGUUGACGGUGUUCAGCAAGCCAUUGACUAUAACAAGCUCAUUGAUCAGUUUGGUACGCGACGCAUUGAUGUAGCCUUGUUGGAGCGAUUCGAAAAGUUGACUGGACGCAAGCCUCACGUCCUCUUGCGCCGUGGUACCUUUUUCUCUCACAGAGAAUUCGGUCGCAUUCUCGACCGCUAUGAACAAAAGAAGCCAUUUUACUUGUACACCGGCCGUGGUCCAUCCAGCGCUUCCAUGCACAUGGGUCAUUUGAUUCCUUUUAUUUUUUGCCAAUGGCUUCAGGACGUGUUUGAUGUGCCAAUCGUUAUCCAAUUGACCGACGACGAAAAGUUCCUGUUCAAACAGAACCUAACUAUUGAGAAAUGUCGCGAAUUCGCCGAGGCAAAUGCACGAGAUAUCAUCGCAUGUGGUUUCAAACCCGAGAAGACCUUUAUUUUCUCCAACUUGGAUUAUGUUGGUGGUCCUUUCUAUCACAAUGUUGUCCGUAUCUCAAGGUGCAUCAACACCAACCAGUCCAAGUCCACUUUUGGCUUCAACGACUCGGAUGCAAUUGGUAAGCUCCACUUUGUCGCAGUACAAGCCGCACCGUCGUUCUCCAACUCGUUCCCACAAAUUUUUGGCGGCAAGAAGGACAUUCCGUGCCUGAUUCCAUGCGCUAUUGAUCAGGACCCCUAUUUCCGUCUGACCCGGGAUGUUGCCGCACGUCUCAAAUACCCUAAGCCCGCCUUGAUCCAUGCACGCUUCUUCCCUGCAUUGCAAGGUCCUCAGACCAAGAUGAGCGCUUCCAUCGACUCAUCUGCCAUCUUCAUGACUGAUACUCCCAACCAAAUCAAGAACAAGAUCAACCGGUACGCGUUCUCGGGUGGCGGAGCAACUGUUGAGGAACACCGCGCCAAUGGCGGUAACCCAGACGUGGAUGUGUCUUACCAGUACCUGAGCUUCUUUAUGGAUGAUGAUGAAGAGUUGAAGCGUAUCUACGAUUCAUACAAAUCAGGUGAAAUGAUGACCGGUGAGCUCAAGAAGCGCUGUAUCGAAGUCCUGCAGAAGAUUGUCGGAGACUUCCAGAAGAGAAAGACCGAGAUCACGAACGAAACUGUCAAGUACUUUAUGGAUGGCAGCCGGAAGAUUGAGCCAUGA